GUGUGGGUGCUGAGGAUUGCUUUUACAAUGUUCCCACUGGUCAUCCAGGGCAUGUCACAGUCCCAGAGCCAUUUCAGUGUGAGGAACAGGUGGCAUCACAACAAAAAGACAUUUGGAAAACUACCACUCUAUCAUGCCUUUAAAAUACAGUGAGAGUUCUUCUUUGCAGGUAACACAUGGUCACCUGAGCUCUCCUCCAUCCCAGCCUCCUCUCGGCUCCAUGGUGUCCCACCAUCACCCCUCCAUCAUCAACGGUCUAGGGUCGCCAUACUCAGUCAUCACUUCUUCCUCCCUGGGCUCACCUUCAGCCUCCAUGCCCACUACCUCCAACAUGGGCUAUGGAGCGCUCAACAGUCCACAGAUGAACUCUAUGAACAGUGUUAGCAGCUCAGAAGACAUUAAACCUCCUCCAGGACUGGCAGGACUGGGCAGUUACCCCUGCAGCAGCCCGGGGUCCCUCUCCAAACACAUCUGUGCCAUCUGUGGAGACCGAUCCUCAGGGAAACAUUAUGGUGUUUACAGCUGUGAAGGAUGCAAGGGCUUCUUCAAGAGAACCAUCCGGAAAGACCUUUCGUACACGUGUCGAGACAGUAAAGACUGCCAGAUUGACAAGCGCCAGCGUAACCGCUGCCAGUACUGCCGCUAUCAGAAGUGUCUGGCCAUGGGCAUGAAGAGAGAAGCGGUGCAGGAAGAGAGGCAGCGCGGUCGGGAAAAGAGUGAUAAUGAGGUGGAGUCUAGCAGCAGCUUUAAUGAGGAAAUGCCAGUGGAGAAGAUCCUGGACGCUGAGCUUGCAGUGGAACCCAAGACUGAAGCUUACAUGGAGUCCAGCACAGGCAACUCGACAAAUGACCCAGUGACCAACAUCUGCCAGGCUGCAGACAAGCAGCUCUUUACUCUUGUUGAGUGGGCUAAGAGAAUCCCGCACUUCUCUGACCUGCCUCUGGAUGACCAGGUCAUCCUGCUGCGAGCAGGUUGGAACGAGCUGCUCAUCGCUUCAUUCUCACACCGUUCUGUGACGGUUAAAGAUGGGAUCCUUUUGGCCACUGGCCUGCAUGUCCACCGAAGCAGUGCUCACAGCGCAGGGGUCGGCUCUAUAUUUGACAGGGUAUUAACAGAGCUGGUGUCUAAGAUGAAGGACAUGCAGAUGGACAAGACGGAGCUGGGCUGUCUAAGAGCUAUCGUCCUCUUUAACCCAGAUGCUAAAGGAUUGUCAAACCCAUCAGAGGUCGAGGCAUUACGGGAAAAAGUGUACGCUUCACUGGAGGGCUACACCAAACACAACUACCCUGAUCAGCCCGGCAGGUUUGCCAAGCUGCUCCUCCGUCUGCCCGCUCUGCGCUCCAUAGGACUGAAGUGCCUGGAGCACCUGUUCUUCUUCAAACUCAUCGGAGACACACCUAUAGACACUUUCCUCAUGGAGAUGCUGGAAGCGCCGCAUCAAAUCACAUGACACAAGUCUUACUGCAUGUAAAUAUUCCCCAGCGCACACUUAACCCCAUUAUAA